CAUUCCCCCACCCCGUACCUUUUCCCUUCGCUGAUUUUGCUCUGUAUGGGUUCACUGGGAUGAAUCCCGGCCAUGAGCACGACUAUGUGCUGCGCCCCGUGCAUCCUCCUAGUGAGUCAUCGACCCCGGGGUGGUCUUGGGACCCUGACACAGGUUUGCUGACAACCAGUCCUUUUAAUGAUGAAGUCAUCCCCUGGAACAAUUAAGGAUCAUAUUCCUUUGCUCUCUUUGGUGGUUUUAUCUGUUCUAUCCGAUGGCCUCUGUAGUUGACUGAGGCGGUUUUAGACUCAUGCGUUUUCCCAACAUGGUACCUUGUUCAGAAGACAUCAAUCGAAGGAGGGCGGUGGAAUAUGAGAGGACAUAAGCUGACUCUUCCCUGAUGGAGAGCUGCUUGUGAAGGAGGCGUUUGUGACCAAAUAGGCACCUUUCUACCCAAGCCCAUAGCUAGCCCUGCUUCUGCUUCUGCCCCUCGGGUUCAAGUGCAGACUUUGAUGUGCUGGGUCUGCUGGGGAGCCUGAGAGCCCGUGUCACGGCUGUUCCCGGAUGCUGCUGGGCUGCUGGUCCUCGGACCACACUUUGAAUGGGCAUUUCAAGAAGUACGGUAGCGUCCAGCCUUCCAUGAACGAUGGAUCCCCUGGAGUAAAGAACGAUGCCCGUGGUCUUGCGAGCUCAUCGGGAUGUAUAGAGCAGGGGACGCAGUGGAGCGUCCGCUUCACGGGCCGGCGCCCCCUCGCAUGAGGAGUGUGGAGGUGGCCAGAGGAAGAGCAGGGUACGGAUUCACCCUUUCUGGCCAGGCGCCUUGUGUGCUCAGCUGUGUCAUGAGAGGGAGCCCCGCAGAUUUCGUGGGCCUCCGUGCUGGCGAUCAGAUACUCGCUGUCAACGAAAUCAAUGUGAAGAAAGCGUCCCACGAGGAUGUGGUGAAAUUGAUUGGGAAGUGUUCUGGCGUCCUGCACAUGGUGAUCGGUGAAGGUGUGGGCCAUGUGGAGUCCUGUUCCAGUGACGAAGAGGUUGGAUUUUAUGAAGGAAAGGGCUGGUUGAAGCCCAAGCUUGAUUCCAAGGCCUCUGGUAUCAGCAGGGCAGAGAGAGUGGUUGAAGAGGUGCGGUCCGGUGGGAUUUUCAGUAUGAUUUUUGAAAAUCCUAGUCUUCGUGCAAGCACUUCAGAGCCCUUGAAAUUGAAACAAAGAUCCCUUUCAGAGUCAGCCGCUGCGCGAUUUGACCUUGGACGUGAAAGUGUAAGUCAUCCGAAUCCCAGCCUGCUCUCUAAGGAGGAAAUACCAAAAGUUAUUCAUGAUGAUUCCGUUUUCAGUAUCGGACCCGAGAAUCAUGAAGAUUUUGCAUUAGAUGCAAGUAUUUUGAACGUUGCCAUGGUCGUAGGCUACUUAGGUUCCAUCGAACUUCCUUCCACAAGCUGCAACCUAGAGUCGGACAGCUUGCAGGCCAUCCGUGGCUGCCUGCGGCGCUUGCGGGCCGAGCAGAAAAUCCACUCCCUGGUGACCAUGCGGGUCCUGCACGACCGCGUGCAGCUGUGCACCGACCAGGCCGCCAUUCUGGCCGAGUACCCGGCCGAGAAGCUGGCCUUCAGUGCUGUGUGCCCGGAUGACAGGAGGCUCUUUGGGCUUGUGACCAUGCAGAGCAGUGAUGAUGGGAGCCUGGCGCACGAGGAGGAGGGUGCCUUGCGGACUUCCUGCCACGUGUUCAUGGUGGACCCAGACUUGUUCAACCACAAAAUCCAUCAAGGCAUCGCUCGGCGGUUUGGGUUUGAGUGCACGGCCGACCCCGACACCAACGGCUGUCUUGAGUUCCCGGUGUCCUCUCUCCCUGUGCUCCAGUUCAUCUCCGUGCUCUACAGAGACAUGGGCGAGCUGAUCGAGGGGGUGCGGGCCCGGGCCUUUGUGGACGGAGAUGCAGACGCCCACCAGAACACCAGCACCAGCAGCAACAGUGACAGUGGCAUUGGGAAUUUCCACCAGGAGGAGAGAAGCAGCCGAGUGCUUGUGGUUGACCUGGGUGCCAGCUCGAGCAGGCACGGCCCCAGCAACGGUGGCUGGGAGGGUGCGGGUGGGAGGGGCUCCCAGCCCUGGGCCGCCCCCUGGAACGGGGCCUUCUGCCAUGACGCCGAGGGGGGGCCCCCGUUCGAGGCCGCUCCGCAGGCUGACAGGUGCCGGGACCUCAGUAAGCACUUGGGACCCGCUGCUCACGCGGAGGUUCCCGCAGCCUCCUUGCGGAGCUCGGUCCCUCCAUCCAAGAGGGGCGCUGCCGGCCACGGUGGGGGUUUUGGCCAGCGGUGGCUUCCGGUCCACGUCCUGCAGGAGUGGCAGUGCGGACAUGCCAGCGAUCAGGAGUCGUACACGGACUCCACCGAUGGGUGGUCCAGUGUCAACUGUGGCACGCUGCCCCCUCCCAUGAGCAAGAUCCCCGCCGACCGCUACAGGGUGGGGGGCAGCCUGGUGCAGCCCCCGCUGAGCACCCAGAGGAGGGACUGGUCCAGGAAGGCUUUUGGGAUGCAAAACAUUUUCGGUCCCCAUCGACAAGUUAGAAAGACUAAGGAAGACAAGAAGGGCUCAAAAUUGGGGCGGGGAAUCGGACUCACUCAGACUUCUCAACGCACCUCUGCCCGGAGAUCGUUUGGAAGAUCCAAGAGAUUUAGUAUCACUCGCUCCCUUGAUGACCUUGAGUCUGCAACUGUAUCUGAUGGGGAGCUGACUGGCGCUGACCUGAAGGACUGCGUGAGCCACCACAGUCUGAGCAGCAAUGCCAGCCUCCCGAGCGUGCAGAGCUGCCGGCGCCUGCGAGAGAGGAGAGCCGCCAGCUGGGCCGUGUCGUUUGAGCGCCUCCUGCAGGACCCUCUCGGGGUUCGGUACUUCUCUGAUUUCCUAAGGAAGGAAUUCAGUGAAGAGAACAUUUUAUUCUGGCAGGCCUGUGAAUACUUUAACCAUGUACCUGCACACGAUAAAAAAGAGCUUUCCUACAGGGCCCGCGAGAUCUUCAGCAAGUUCCUGUGCAGCAAAGCCACCACUCCCGUCAACAUCGACAGCCAGGCCCAGCUGGCUGAUGACAUUCUCAGUGCUCCGCACCCCGACAUGUUCAAGGAGCAGCAGCUCCAGAUCUUCAACCUGAUGAAGUUCGACAGCUACACCCGCUUUCUCAAGUCCCAGCUAUACCAGGAGUGCAUCCUGGCCGAGGUGGAAGGCCGCUCGCUCCCCGAUGCGCUGCAGGCCCCCAGCAGCCCAGCCUCCAAGCACAGCGUCAGCUCGGAGCACUCCAGUGUGUCCACGCCAAAAAAGCUGAGCGGGAAAUCGAAAUCAGGAAGGUCCCUGAAUGAGGAGCUGGGGGAUGAGGAGAGCGAGAAGAAGAGGAAAGGAGCCUUCUUCUCUUGGUCAAGGACCAGGAGCACCGGGCGGUCCCAGAGGAAGAAGGAGCACGGUGACCCCACAAACGAGCCCCUGCACGCCAAUGGAGGCCUGGGCCGCCGUGAGUCACAGGGCUCCGUGUCCUCCACGGGGAGCUUGGACCUGCCGGAGGCCUGCAGGACCUCGGUGCCAGAGCGGGACAAGGCUGCCAAGCCCUGCUGCAUCCAGCUCCCUGAUGGGACGUCUUGCGUGGUGGUUGUCAAGCCAGGGCUGUCCAUCAAAGAGGUCCUGGCUGGACUCUGCGAACGACAUGGCAUCAACGGGGCUGCCGUCGACCUUUUCCUGGUGGGCGGGGACAAGCCUCUGGUGCUGCAUCAAGACAGUAGCAUCUUGGAGUCUCGGGACCUGCGGCUAGAGAAGCGUACUUUGUUUCGGCUGGAUCUGGUUCCAAUUAACCGGUCCGUGGGACUCAAGGCCAAGCCCACCAAGCCCGUCACAGAAGUGCUGCGGCCCGUGGUGGCCAAAUACGGCCUGCACCUGAAUGAGCUGGUGGCCAGGCUGAGUGGAGAGAAGGAGCCCCUGGACCUUGGCGCCCCCAUAUCAAGUCUGGAUGGGCAGCGGGUCAUCUUGGAGGAGAAAGAGCCCUCCAGAGGGAAAGUAUCCACAGAGAAACAGAAAAGUGCACCAGCCAAACAGAAUGUAGCUGUAAAUUCCAGUUCCAGAAAUCACUCGGCUACGGGAGAGGAGAGAACGCUAGGCAAGUCUAAUUCUAUUAAAAUAAAAGGAGAAAAUGGAAAAAAUGCUAGGGAUCCCCGGCUUUCAAAGAGAGAAGAAUCUAUUGCAAAGAUUGGGAAAAAAAAAUAUCAGAAAAUUAAUUUGGACGAAGCAGAGGAGUUUUUUGAGCUCAUUUCCAAAGCUCAGAGCAACAGAGCAGACGACCAGCGCGGGUUGCUGAGGAAGGAGGACCUGGUGCUGCCUGAGUUCCUGCGCUUACCGCCCAGCCCCGUGGAGCUGGCCCUGCCCUCGCCCACUGCCGCCAAGAGCUUUGGCAAGAGAAGCUUGACCAGCAACGGCAAGGAGAAGCCUCCCCGGCCCCCAGAGUCCUGGGGGCCCACCCGACACUGCCGCGAGAGCCCCGCGACCAGCCCCAGCUCGGCCGACAGCCUGCCGUUCAGUGCCCCCCAGACCCCCUCGCCCAACUCCCAGGAAGCCGAGGCUGGGGGCGUCCAGACCAUGGAGGGCGAGCACGUGGCCGACCUGACGCUCACGGGGGAGGGGGACAUCAGCAGCCCCAACAGCACUUUACUGCCACCCACCCCCACCCUGCAGGACUCGGCCGGACCUCCGAGACCAGGCGGCAGGGCCAGAGGCAGCCAGGGCCUCCCGGUCAACACCAUCAUCGACGUGGACUGUGUCGCGGGCUUGGCCCCCGGGCUGGGCAGCAGCGUCCCCGGGGUGCGGACAGGCCCUCAGAGGUCACGGGCCAGUGGGCCCCUGACAGCAGACCUCACUGGCCUGAGCCCCGUCCCGGGUGGGCCCGCCAAGCCCAAGGCCAGCCCGCACCAUGCGACCUUCGUCUGAGGCCGCCUGAAGCCCUGCCCCACCGGCUGUCCCUCCUGCCCCCGCGUUGGCGCUGCCCCGCCUGGACAUGCGCGGGCGCCCGUGAUCUUGGGGGGACAGCCCCGAAUCAUCCUGAGGGCCUUGGAGGGGCCCCCUUGGCCACCCUGCCUUCGGGAGCCAAACCAGGAGAGGGCGGGGUGGCCCAGCCUCGGACACUUGCCACAGCUCACUCAGAGGGCUCCUCGGACCCCGUCCCCUUCCUGCCCCUCGGCCUCCAGCCUUCCCUCAAUAAAUCCAC